AUGGGCGAUUUUCCUACCAUCCUCAAUGAUCCAUUCAAGCUAGUAACAAGCCUUCUUUUCAGGAGGUUGUCUCUCUAUCCAAAAGGAAUUGAGAAGAACAUGAAUGGUCACAUCUCCCUUUACUUGGCAAUCGCUGAGACGGGAAAACUUCCUCUUGGUUGGGAGGUUAAUGCCAGCUUCAAAUUGUUUGUAUUUGAUCAGAUACGGGAUGAGUACUUGACCGUUCAAGAUGUUGGUGGUGCUAUUAAAAGAUUCAAUGAUAUAAAUAGUGAAUGGGGAUUUGCCAAAUUUCUUCCCCUUGAUACCUUCAAUGAUGCUUCUCAAGGAUACCUUGUCAAUAACUGUUGCGUAUUUGGUGCAGAGGUUUUUGUUCAUGAACGUAGUGUCAGAAGGCAGUGUCUUUCCUUUAUUGAACAAAAACCCAAUAACAGCACUUUGACAUGGAAGAUUGAAAGAUUUUCGACACUAAAUGAAGAACAAUAUUGUUCUCAAGAAUUCACCGUUGAAGAUUUACAAUGGAAAUUAAUGGUCUAUCCCAAAGGAGAUGCUUGGGCAAAAGAGAAGGCGCUAUCAGUCUUCUUGUGUCCAUGCAAUUGGCUUCUAUCAGAUCAAAAUGUUUUUGCGGAAUACAAGCUCCGCAUAAGGAAUCAAAUCAAAGGAAAGCACAAAGAAAUUAGAGGAAAAUCAAAUAUUUCAACAUGCUUUAAAUCGUGCAUUCCUGUAUCUUGGUUUUCUUCCUUAGAGUCAGAGGAGAGCUGGGGUUAUCCAGAUUUUUUGCUUCUAAAAGAUCUCUAUACUGCAUCAAAGGGGUUUCUUGUGAAUGAUACUUUACUUGUAGAAGCAGAAAUUUUAGUGGUGUCUAAAGUUCAGUAG